UGUUGAUCACGUGUGUGUCAUGGCGGCGUCCAGUGACAGCUCUGUACUGACCCCGGGACAGGGGGAUACCCCUUCACCGGCUGGACCCGGGGGGGAAAUUCUGCAAUACAGCAUGAUCCUGGAGCACCUGGUGGGAGAUAAGAGACAACCCAAGGUGAUGGUCCCGGCAGGGCUCGGUGGCAUACCGUCUCUGCUGAAAAGCGAGGAACAGAAGACGAUGGAACGAGUUAUGGAGAGCUGCGCCUUCAAGGCAGCAUUGGCAUGUGUGGGCGGUUUUGUCUUGGGAGGAGCUUUUGGUGUGUUCACAGCUGGUAUUGAUACCAAUGUUGGUUUUGAUCCUAAGGAUCCCUAUCGUACGCCCACUGCAAGGGAAGUGCUGAAAGACAUGGGGCAGAGAGGAAUGUCUUAUGCCAAAAAUUUGGCAAUUGUUGGUGCAAUGUUCUCAUGUACUGAGUGUCUUGUGGAAUCGUACCGAGGAAAAUCUGACUGGAAAAACAGCGUGAUCAGCGGGUGCAUAACAGGGGGUGCGAUCGGCUUUAGAGCGGGCCUUAAAGCUGGGACACUUGGCUGUGGAGGAUUUGCAGCUUUUUCUGCGGUAAUAGACUAUUAUCUGCGAUAGCAAUUUCAUGCAGCUGGGUGGAGCUCCUUCUCCAUGGACAUUACCUGCUACUGAUAACGGAUACUGUACAGCCUGAGCUACAGUUUAAUUCACAUUCUACAACACAUCUUGUCGCCUCUGCCUUUAUGUUAAGAACAGCUGGGAACGGAUCACUCAAGCAGAAUUACAGAAACAUCACCAUAAUAAUAAUGUAUUUGUCUUUAAUGUAAAGAGAUAUUUAUAAAACAUCAUGUUCAUUUGUGUUCUUUUUUUUUUACUCCGCAAUAAGAAUCAAUAAAUCAGACACUGUCUUUAGGGUAUGUAGUACAAAAACAAUAUUGUUGCUUCACAAUUUUUAGAUUUACAGGAUGAAAAAAUGAAAUGUUGCUUUAGGAAUAAAAUGAGUUUUUUUAUUCAUGAUAUAGUGUAUUUAUGUAGAGAUAGCGCUUUUGUUUUUCCCCCAAACAUGAAAUAAUAAUUAGUAAAGCUCUGAUCUCAUUAUGGCGAUUUAACAUUGAAAGGGAACAUUAUUUCUUCCUUUGAUGUGCAUUUAUAAAAGGGAAAGCAUAUGUGGCAUAUAGAACAAGCUGCUCACAUGGUGAAAUUACACUGUCAGGGACAUGGGACCUCUUUGCUUUGCAAUAAAGUCCUAUACUGGCUGGAAACUGUCAUUUUGUUAGCAAAGUCUACAUGGUUUUGAAAUAUCGUACCCAAUUCCUCAGUCUAAUCACAACCAACAUGUACAAGUAUUAGGCUUGUAAAGUCUGCUUUGUUCAUUUUCAAUACUCAGAAAUGUAAAAUACACAUUUGUCAGCAAUAAAUCACAGGAAAAAUAAUAAUAAUGUAAAGUAUUUUUACUAUGCAUGAAUAAACAUUUUAUAUUACAAAGUGUUUAUGCCCAUUUAAACGGUUUGUAUCUCUGGUUUUGAGAGUAAUAUGGCUAUCAAAUGCUUUAAUUGUAGAACAUACUUUUAUAGUUUAAAACUAAUACAUGAACAUGUUUAUAAUUAAAGGGACAUCAUGUUUAUUGUUUUAAAAGAUAGAUAAUACCUUUAUUAUCCAUUCCCUAGUUUUGCAUAACCAACACCAACAGACUUGCAUUUUAGCCAAUCGGUGCUGACUCCAAGGUAACUCCACAUGCGUGAGCCCAGUGUUAUCUAUAUGACACAAAUUAACUAACACCCUCUAGUGGGGAAAACUGUUAAAAUGCAUUCAGAUAAGAGGCGGCCUUCAAGGUCUAACAAAUUAGCAUAUGAACUUCCUAGGUUUAGCUUUCAACUAAGAAUACCAAGAGAACAAAGCAAAAUUGAUGAUAAAAGAACAUUUGAAAGUUGUUAAAAAUUACAUGCCCUAGCUGAAUCAGGAAAGUUUAUUUUGGACUAGACUGUCCCUUUAAAGCAGGCCUAUAUAUUGUUUGAUAUAUUUCCUUGAUUUUUUUUUUUUUUUGUACAUUUGUUUAUUCGGUACCAUAUCCUUUAGUGCUCAGAUCUUACUUAGUGCCAGGGCUUCUUUUAUUCCCCCAGGGAAAACCUAACUGAAAUUGUUUGUUAAUCCCCACCCUGGCUACGGCCUACAAACCACACACUCAGAGAAGACCUAAAAAUAACAAAAUACAAAGAUCACACCUUUCCACACCCCAAAAACACUACAGCUGUGCAAAUAAAUAGUUUUGAAAACAGAGAUUACUAACUCAGUUUACACUUGAGGGCAGGAAUACCAACAUUUUAGUUUCUCCAAAAGCUUGUUUGAUAAAAUAUACAAUAGCUGCUUCACUUGAUUUGAUGUCAAUCUUAAUAUGUUAAACAUAAUUGUCACAAUAACAGCAUUGCAGGUUGAGUCACUAAAUACUAAGGCAAAUUAAGUUGAGAUAUGACCUUUCUCCUGAGCUUUAGAAUUGUGUGGUCUGUUAAUAAACAAAAGCAGCCAUUCUUUCCUCUUUAUACAGUGAAGGCAAAACACACACAUGUAAUGAGAGCCAGUGCCAGUAAUUCAUUAUGCAUUUAUUUUUUUAAAGCAUGCAAGUAUUUGUUCCAAAAGUGACAUAGCUUUGUAUUGCCCUUCCACUGUUUCUGUAAAAAAAGCCAUUCAUUUUCCCCCCAAUUAAAAAAAAAUAAUAAAAAGCUAAAAUUUUAUUUA